CACUGUUUGGAUUUUUGGUCUGGUCCCACGUCAUCUGAAAAAGUUGUGAGAAAAAAACAAAUUACAACAUGGCAAGGCUCGUACUUCUCACAGCCUUGUGUCUGGUGCUUGUCCAGCUGGCGUACACAAGCAGAAUGGAGUGCUAUUUCACCAACUGGUCUCAGUACAGGCCUGGUGAAGGCAAAUACCUGCCACAAAACGUAGACCCCUUUCUGUGUACCAGUGUGAUCUAUGCCUUCUCCAUCAUCAAUCACGCCAACGAGCUGGUUACCUAUGAAUGGAACGACGAUGUUCUCUACAAGGCCUUCAACGACCUGAAGUUGAGGAAUCCUCACUUGAAGACUCUGCUGGCUGUCGGUGGCUGGAACUUUGGAUCCACUCAGUUUUCCAUCAUGGUGUCCACACCAGAAAACCGUCAGAAGUUCAUCCAGUCUUCAAUCAAAUUCCUGAGGCUGCAUGGAUUUGAUGGACUGGAUCUGGACUGGGAGUACCCAGGUUCCCGUGGAAGCCCCCCUGAAGAUAAGCAGAGGUUUACUCUUCUCUGCAGGGAACUUGUCAUAGCUUAUGCCGCAGAGGCUGCAGCCACAGGUAAGCCUCGGCUCAUGCUGACUGCUGCAGUGCCUGCUGGAAAGGGGACCAUCGAUGGUGGAUAUGAGAUCGCUGAGGUUGCCAGGGAACUGGACUUCCUCAAUGUCAUGACCUAUGACUUCCAUGGAACUUGGGAGCAGUUCACUGGCCAUAACAGCCCACUGUACCAAGGAUCUGAGGAUUCAGGCGACCUCAUCUAUUUCAAUACUGACUAUGCAAUGAGGUACUGGAGAGACAAUGGCACCCCAGUAGAGAAGCUGAGAAUGGGAUUCGCAGCGUACGGUCGUACCUUCCGCCUAACAUCGUCAAACACAGGUGUUGGAGCCCCUGCUAGUGGACCCGCUUCAGCCGGACCAUACACCCGUGAAGCUGGAUUCUGGUCCUACUAUGAAAUCUGCAACUUCGUGAAGGACACCACCAUCCAAUGGAUCAAUGACCAGAAAGUUCCAUAUGCAACUAAAAACAAUGAGUGGGUAGGAUUUGACAACAAGGACAGCUAUGCGAUCAAGGUCAACUACCUGCAGGAGCAGAAGUUUGGUGGAGCCUUUGUUUGGGCCCUUGAUUUAGAUGACUUUGCUGGAAAAUUCUGUGGAGAAGGAAGCCACCCUCUACUCUCCCAUCUCCACAAUCUUCUCAACAUCGAAUUUCCACCAAUGCCCUCGACCACCACCCCCAAGCCUGGCGCUAGCACUACGUCUCCAACCACCACCACCACCACCACCACACAUGCUCCGGGACCUGGCUUCUGCAACGGCAAGCCUGACGGUCUCUAUCCCCACCCCGACGACAAGAGCAAGUUCUACAUGUGCGCUGGAGGCAUCACCUAUGAGCGGGCCUGUGGAUCUGGAUCCAUCUUCGAUGACAGCUGCAAGUGCUGCGUUUGGCCUUGAGCUUUGAGUGGUAGCAAUGUAAAUUUUAGCUCAAACCAACAAUCAAAAAGACUGCAAAUCUCCUCUUUCAUGUACUUAUCUGUAUUAUAACCUGAUGCAGAAAAAGAAAAUGUAGUUUUGGGAAAAUAUGUAACCAGAAAUGAAAUUUGCUAACAAACAGCAAACAGAAACUACCUUGGCACCCCUGACUACAUUAUUGAGAGCUGUCAAAAUACAUGUUAUUGGAAAUAAAGUAAUCAAAACAUUA